AUGGUCGACUUACAAUCUUGGAUGAAGGAAAUCGGUGAUGAUACCAGCAUCGCCAAGUUGACAAUUCCUGGGACGCAUAAUUCUGGUGCCUGUUACACUGCUUUACCCUCUGUUCAAUGUCAAGGGGAGUAUGUUACAGACCAAUUGAAACAUGGGGUUCGGUUCUUGGAUGUGAGAGCUGGUAAGUUGUUCAUGAAGGAAGGGGAGGAGGCCAAGGACUUGCAAGUUAUCCAUGGUAAGUUUCCCGUGAAGAUUCCAUUCCCCGAGAAAUUGAGUAGUGUUAUGAAAGAGGUUUAUGAAUUUCUUGAAGAAAAUCCCAGUGAAACUGUUUUAUUUUCCUUGAAGCAAGAAGGUAUUGACGACUGGAACAACGACCAAGAUGAGUUUGGUAAUUGUAUUUGGGAUCGUUACAUCGACAAGAAUAAGGAUAAAUGGUAUUUGGGUACCGAUCUACCCAAAUUGCGUGAUUGUAGAGGUAAGGUGAUUCUUUUCAGACGAUUUGGUGUUUGUGAUGAGAACAGAGCCAGAGAAUUUGGAUUCAACGCUUCUAGCUGGCAUUACAACACCGUGGAAGAUGAUAGAGGUGACUUUGUGGUUCAAGAUUUCUGUGAGAUUAAUGAGCCCUCAGACAUUGAAAAGAAGUUGGGUUAUGUUAAGGAAUUGGCCAAGAAGGCUUUUGACUAUAACAGAGACAAUGAUAACAAGUUGUAUGUGAACUUUUCCAGUGGAGCCAACUUCUUCAACACUUCAUGUUGGCCAGAAAAGGUUGCCGACGGCAUGAUUGCUGGUAACAUUAGUGAAUGUUUCAACAAGGCUAUUGGGAUUGUUGUGUUGGAUUACAUUGAAAAGGAUAACUGGAGAUUGGCUAGAGAAUUAGUUGAGAAGAACUUUAACUAA